GUGUGGGAAGACUGUCGGCAACAUGAUCACGUGACCGGCUUGUAGUGUGCGCACGAGGGUCUGGUUGCGAGGCUAAAGCGACAUGAAAACUCUUAGCUUUCUUGCUUUCGGUGUAAUCUGCACGGCCAUUGUCCAGUCUUCUCGUUUUCGUUACACUCCAGUCAACGUGCACGACUUCCAUCUCGACUUGCCACCAGAACAACGAUGGACGGAAAUCGUAAGUAGCUACAAGUCAUCGGGUCCUCUUCUCGUACGCUACUUCAAUGGCCUGGUGCCCGAUUACCUUCGACCCAUCAUCGAGGUUAUUGCUGGUGACGUUGACAAGUACUUGGGAGAUUAUGGUAGAGAAAUCAAAGGAAUUGCUAAUGCAUUUGAUGUGCCUCUCGGUAUUGCCGUGACUUUGAACUUUCUAUACGAGCUGAGAAGGUUCGGUCCAGGACAUCCUAACAUUACCAAAGAUGGUCGUUAUGAACCGAAUGCGUGUACUUCAAUCGUGGCACAGGAUGCAGAUGGCAAAAUUUAUCAUGGUCGAAAUUUAGAUUGGAACAUUCCUGAUUAUUUGAAGAAUCUUACCAUACAAAUAAAUGCGUAUUAUGGGUCACAGAAAGUGUUUUCUGCAAGCACAUUUGUUGGAUAUGUUGGAGUGUUCACAGGAAUGAAGCCGGGAGCGUUUUCUGUUUCACUCAAUGAGAGGGCGUUGGGUGGGAAUGUGAUUGCCAAUGUUAUUGAAGACGUUCUGUAUGGUACAAUUACAGUCACACAUCUCGUUCGCCAGGUGCUUGAGCAAGAAACAGACUAUGCCGGGGCUGUUAGCCGACUGAUGCAUGACAAGAUUACAGCUCCUGCGUAUUUGAUUACUGCUGGAAUAAACGCAGGUCAAGGAGGUGUCAUAACAAGAGAUAGAAAUGCUGUUAAGGCUUUCUGGUGUCUGGGAGAUGUUCCUCAACCAUCGAAGGCAGAGAGUUGGUACGUUUUGGAGACCAACUAUGAUUAUUGGAUGUCUCCACCACCGACUGACAAUCGUCGUAAGUAUGGCAUCAGCAUGAUGAAUGAGAAAGGUAGAGAUGGCGCUGCAUCGCUCGACGGGUUAUGGCACGUUCUGACAACUUGGCCUGUCUUGAAUCGAUAUACAACAUACACGACGUUGAUUGAUCCCGCUAAUGCCACAAUGCAGUGCUUCAUUGAUUACUAUUAUCGGGAAUAGACUUUGCGGUAGAAACUCUUAUUGUUGAUGUUUACCUAUCUUCUUGUUUUGCGUUUUUAUGUGCAC